AUGGAGGGCAAUUUUUACCUGCAAAGGCUCGUCUUUUGGGCUGAACUCCCCAACCCGACGGUGGAUGGAACCUUACACUUGUCCGUUUUCAGCGAAGAUGUCGCCGGAAAAGUUGUUCUCAUCACCGGAGCAUCCUCCGGCAUCGGCGAGCAUCUGGCGUACGAAUAUGCUAAAAGAGGAGCUUAUCUGGCGUUGGUUGCCAGAAGAGAGAACCGGCUCCGGGAAGUGGCCGCCGUGGCACAGUAUUUAGGGUCACCUUAUGCUCUCGUGAUUCCGGCGGACAUUUCCAAGAUUGAAGACUGUAAACGGUGUAUCCAAACCACCGUCACCCACUUCCGACGACUGGAUCAUCUGGUAAACAACGCAGGAGUAUCAAGCGUCAACCUGUUUGAAGAAUACGACAACCUCCAAAAUGCGGUCCCGGUGAUGGAUGUAAACUUCUGGGGAAUGGUGUAUUGCAGCUAUUAUGGGAUUCCACACUUGAAGCAAAGCAGAGGGAAGAUUAUUGGAAUUGCUUCUUCCGCCGCAUGGCUGCCUGCCCCCAGGCUCAGCUUCUACACCUCUAGCAAAGCAGCAGUGAUAAGCUUCUACGAGACAUUGCGAGUGGAGGUUGGAAGAGAUAUUGGAAUCACCAUCGUCACGCCCGGGCUGGUUGAAUCGGAGAUGACACAGGGAAAAUUCAUGUCCAAAGAUGGCCAUUUAUACCUCGACCAACAACUCAGAGACGCUACAGUGAGUGCAAUGCCGAUUAUGCCAAUCGACGAUGCGGUGAAGGGGAUAUUAAGGAGUGUGUGCAAGGGAGACCGGUAUGCGACGGAGCCACGGUGGAUGAAAAUGGCGUUUUACUAUAAAACGUUGUGGCCUGAGUUAGUAGAGUGGUUUAAUUACUUGAUUAACAUGCGUGGUUCAUCUAAUUCUCCUACAGACACUUUUGGGAAAAGGCUGGUUCAGCUCAGUGGAUUGAAGAAUUGGUUUUAUCCGGACUCUGUUCGUUCACCGGACUUGGACGUCGAAACUAACUGA